AUGGAUCGAUCAGAACAAGACGUAAGUUCAUUUUUCGGAGAUCUUUCGCGAAAUCUGGAGGAGGUAUGUUCUUGGCUGCGAAGCAGUUCUGGUGCGGACCACUCUCCCUCCACUUCUUUUCAUGGCGCAAGAAAUGCACUUCAGUCUCUGCGUUCGGCAGAUGCAACAUUAAGUGGCGACAUGUCCAGUUCAUUUAGUCGUUCGUCGAAUCCACAAAGCGCCGGUACAGAACCAAGGCGGAAUAGGACCCUACCAUCUGUAGCACGUGGACGUGGCUCAUCGCACAAUUGGUCUUCCCGGCGUCAAUCCACGUUUCCGUACGGCCGCGGAACGAACGCCCGAAAACCCAAAAAUCCUCGGCGAUUCGAAAUGAAAUUAAUGGUUAUAGACUGUAUACCCGAACUUCUUUCCGACAACAGUAUUACAAAUUACAGCGGGGAUACAGUCGUCGAGAGCUCUUUAACUCUGUUGAAGGACGAGUCGCCAAGUGAUGUGAAGGCGAAGAUUCUACGGUUAAUCAGAAAACAGUUUCCCGACUACGAGGGCCAGUUUUUCUUCGCCUCGCGUAGGAACAAAAAUCGUCUGUCAAUUACUGCGGACCAAGAUCUGGACGCAAGGGGUGAGUACACUUUAAAAGGAUCGGGCAGUGUGUACGUUGUUUUGGAAAAUUCUCUCACAAUCAGCGAGGAUGAGGUGAGUACUACUUUUUUCUGUGCAUGUUUUUGUCCGGGCCCGGAUCUCGCGCAAUACCCCGAAACUGCCUUGAACAAGUUAAGUUUACGUUCUGGAUCAUUCAUAUGCCGUAUGAAUCAAUCCAUAUUAAACUAUAUGACAUGAUUUCUGCUUAGUGAUAAGUACGUCAAGACGCAGAUUACAAGCAGAAAUAUACUAGUUUUCUUUUAUAGGUUGAUAGACCGUGCACUUUCAUUAAUAUGGCCUCAUGGAUUUUGCAAAAUGUAAUUGAGAGCUGGGCACAGGGAUUUAAUAUCAUAAUUAGGAAAAACAUUAGGCCAAGUUUUUCUUCCAAGAUAUUUCUUUCAUUAAUAACUGUGUUGUUUGUACGGAUGAGAGAACUCGACCAAUGAGUUUAAUGGCAUUUGUCAAAAUAUUUCAUAGCUAGCGGUAAAGUAAAAAAAGAACGAGAAUUCAGACAAGGGUUCUGAUUGGGUGUGGUUUUUAAGGAAGGCCUGUUAUUGGUUUUCUGUCCCGUUGACUCAACUUUGAUUCAACUUUAACAGGGUGAGCAAGAUGAAACAAGUCCUGGCCAGAUGGCGCAAGUUGGUGUGUCUGCAAGUACCAGCACACUAGUCUUGAAGAACGAGGACGACGGGUAAGUGAUUCCUUUGUUAAUUGCCUGGUUAAUUAUGCUAUGUAAAAGGUACAGUCAACUAUCCCUGGAAAAAUGCCGUUGUGGAACCUUUCAAUUUCUGUCUAUAGUGCAGUUUCAUUUCUUUUUCUCCAGCCGGGCAUUACUUACACAAUGUUUUAAUGGUUCAGGACGUUCAGGAUAGUGACAAUUUUCCAAAAAAAAAAAUUGUAGUACUCAAGACAAUAGGGAUCCUUUUGAUAUAGAAAAACUAAGAGCCAUAAUGGGUCUUGAAAUACAUAACUAGACCUUUUCAAUGUUUGUCUGGGUGAGUGUGUGGGGUGGGGAUGUUUGUGCCCCCACCAUGCAUACAAGCGUCUCAAUUUUAAACUUUUAGACUUUGAUUACGUAUACUCUUCUGCUUAUCCAAUUAUAUGUCAAAAGUUGAAAAAACCGUGGAUUAUAACUUCUAUGACACUGUUAAAAUUGUCUUGGUAAUUAACUAAAACCAUCUUAAGCCCUAGUAAUCACGAUUUUCCUGCACUAGUCAACUCAAACGUUUUAUGUCAAAUACGUUUGCACUGACGAAUCCAACAUAAAAACAGAUACUUCUGGUUAAACAAUUGACGGCUGAGAGAAUCUUGCCUAAAAAUUAACUCAUAAAGGACAUAAUGAGGUUUUUUGUUUUGAACAGUUUCGUCAGGAAACAAUGCGACAGUUAACUGAGGAAAGUAAAUCUGAAAGUGGAAUUAAUCUGGGUUUUCUUAAAUUAUCUACGUUUUGUAAACUAUAGCGUUGUUAAGAGCGAGACUAAGACGAAGACAUGGAUCAUUUCACUAAUCCCCGAUUGAUUUAUCUUAUUUGACUGUAAAUGAAAGGAAAAACGACUGUGAUCACAUUCUUUGAAGUGCUGUAACCUGCAAAGCCCAAAUUUUGCAUUAUUAUAGGCGUGGCUGGUCACGUGAAUUCUAAGGUAAAAAUGAAGAAAGAUUUGGAAAAAAAACAAGAUCAAAUCAUAAAACCCCGCAUGUAACGAGGACCAUGCCUUAAUUCACCUGAGCGGUUGCAACGUGCCGUUGGGCACAUUGACAGAUAUUUUAAAGAAUUCAUUUACUCAAGGGGUUUAAGGCCCGGUUCAGAGGUUGGUCCAGAACGUACGGAUUGGCAAUAUCUAUCGCUAGGAGAAGUAGAACAAAUCCUAAAAACUAUAUCUUGGGGCUUUCUGGUGCCUUAACGUUAAAUAUGAUAAAGAAGGAAAUUGGCAAAUUGGCGGCGAAUUAACUUUGUUUGGAUAAACAGAUAAAAGCAUUUUUGAGAGAGGAUAAAAAUACCCAACUCUCUUAUACGAAUGAAAUGAAUGUACCUGAAUUCGAAAUACAAAAUUAUGGUUGUAAAUAAGCUAAAAUCAAAUUUGGGCAUUUGAAAUGUUGUUUUACUUCAUAAUUCCAAACGUGAAGUGUUAGAAAUAUUUAAUAUUAUGAAUCAGAUAAAUAUUAUUGCUGGAUUUCAUUUCUUUAUGAUUUCUGUAUGUGUGGCAAAUUUUGAUUCAGCUCCAAUAUAGUUUUUGCCGAAGUUACAUACAUACAUACAUACAUACAUACAUACAUACAUACAUACAUACAUACAUACAUACAUACAUACAUACAUACAUACAUACAUACAUACAUAAACUUUAUUUAUCCUCGGAUUUUAGUGUAGCUUACAUAGCUAGUAUCUCCGAAAACCCCUUAGUCCCAGGCCAUUGAAAAACUGGUUGAAAAACUGUGACAUUAUCUUCUAUAAGCCCAAACUUGAGUAAACAUUGAAGAUUUUUAGCGUUUUGGCUGAGUUUGUGCUUUGGGAAUUGUCUAUUGUUUCUAGUCUGUCAUGAUACAGCAUUCUUGUUCAGCACGCGUGCAAUGACCGCGCUUGGCUGACUUCCGAAUGCUCACCGAGAUAUAAUAAUUUUGGUACAGUGAGACAGGCCAUCGCGUGAUACAUAGAGGUUUAAGUCACAAUUUUUAAUCAAUUCUCGUGCUUCUUGUGCCUUUGCAAAAAAAUCAAGAAGUGCUACACACUAAAUCUACUUACUAUUAAAAAAAUAUCAUUUUUUCAUAGGUUUAAUGCAAGCCAAUAAUUAAACCAACUCGUGACGGGAAUAUCUCGGUGAGCAUUCGGAAGUCAGCCAAGCGUGGUCAUUGCACGCGUGCUGAACAAGAAUGCUGUAUAAUGACAGACUAGAAACAAUAGACAACUCCCAAAGCACAAACUCAGCCAAAACGCUAAAAAUCUUCAAUGUUUACUCAAGUUUGGGCUUAUAGAAGAUAAUGUCACAGUUUUUCAAUGACCAUGAAAUUCAGAGUCCGGGUAGUUAGUUAAUCAAUUGUGGCCCUGAAAAAAUUUGAAGGAAAAAAAACUACGAAUUUUUAAGAAAAUGCUUUUUUCGUGAGAAGGACUCUUAAACGCUGACAAACGUCAACAAAUAGCGAAAACUAUAAUUUCUAUAUGUUUGCUUUGCUCGAAAUCGCGCGCAUUUACAAGGCCCUAAAGCGUUUUGCUGACUUGCAAGGACCCAUCUGUUAUAACGAUGCCCAAAAUAAAGAGAUGAAUCUCAUAGUUUAUUAGAUAUAAUCCGUGUAAAGUUUGCUUAUCAUUUUCGCAUAAAUUAUGAUCUAAAUUUGGAAACCGCUGAAUUUCUCGAAUUGGGUCUUUGCGAUUUUGGUGAAACUCUGUUCAGCGCAAGGCACUAAUGCGCACUAUGUGUAGCCGAGAGAUUUUCACGAAAAAAUGGCGGCAACAGCAGAUUUUCGACUCAGACCUCAAAGGGGCGUGGCAUUAUAACCACGUGACAUUUACUCCGAUCGCCAAAAAUUUUAUGUUAUAUUGUAGAUUAAUCUAUAUGUUAUCCAUUCUAUGUGUUAGACUUACGAUGAAAGUAAAGGUGGGGAUACCAAAGAGCUUCAAAGUAGGAUGGUACCCCCCCCCCAAAAAAAAAACUGGGUCGAGUCACCUUAAAUGGAAAACAACUCAAGCUUGACUGGGUGGCAAGACUUGUUUUUCCCAUGCAACCUUCUCAUUUUCGGCGGCAAUUGCGAUCGUUACUUUUGAGACUAUAAAUUUUACAGUUUACCUAAUUUUAAUAUGCUCUGUUAGUUCCGGCAAACAAAAGUGAAUUCGUGAUUCCAGAAAAUUGAUCACGUGAAUUGGCCUGGUUCAAUCCUUUUUGUACUAACUAAACGGAUCUGGCAUUCCACUUGCUCGGUUGUAUGUAGUUAAAACUAGUGUCGUUUAUAUUUAGCAUAAGCAAUGCAUUUAAACCUUAUUCCUGUACACAAAUUUGUUUAAAUUUAUUAAGAAAAUUCGAAAGCUCUAGUAAUACUAACCUUUGGUCUAUUUUGUUUAAUCUUUUUUUUUUCAUGAAGACAAGGAAAGAUGUCGUGGAUGUUUUCGCCGGUAAGAUGUAAGUUAAGACAAAAUUGAAUAGCUCGCACUCAGGAGAAAUCUCUUGAAGAAGAUACUGAAGAAUCGUUCAAUCGUAUCCUUUUGCCUUAACGGAAAAAAUAAGAGAGAGAGAGAGAGGGAGGUCGAGAAGAGAAGUCGAGUGAGGUAGACUAAUUGUGGUAAGUGCGUCUGACGGCACCUCUUUCUGCAGAUUUUUUUUUAGGCUGUAUAUACAUGCAUGUUAUUCAGUGACAGUAAAAUUUCUAUGAAACUUUUCCACUCCUAAAACUCAUACACCUCCGUGGCCCUUGAUUAUACGCCUAUGGUAUCAAUUUUCUAUCGUUUGAACAGCAUCUUUUGUCCGCGUAUUACUAGAUCAAACUCAUCAGUGCAUAAAAAAUCAGUUAUCGGCAUAGCUUUUCAGCGAGUAUGAGUAUAAGUAUAUCUUAGUAUUUAGACAUUAAGAUAAAAAUGAACUUUUGAUAGAGUCAUGGAUUAGUCAGGGUCGACACACCGUAUGUUGUGGUGAUAACUUUAGUGCUUUAGUUAUAUUCCUGUACUGAGCAAAUGGCGAUUUAGGAUUAAAAGGUUAUUAGAAUUUUUUUCUCCUUAACUUAAAUCCAAGCAUCUUCAAUGUUUCUUGUGGAACCCAAAGAAAUGUACGUGGGCGGAACAAAUCUGUCUUUACGAGAUUUGUUGAACGAGAGUCUGAGGGAAGGUCGAGUAAUUCCAUUUUCAAGCUGGAAAACGUCUUGGAAAGAAAAAUAUGUCGCAGAUAAUUCAGCUGCAACUCCAACAGGUAAGAAAGUGGAUAUAACUUAAAAAUAAUGAGACUUGACUUCCACGACACAAUUUUUAUUAUAAUAUUGUUCAAAAUGGUAUAAUUUUGGGUCCUUGCCGUUCGACUGAAAGUUAAGAAACUUAUUGGACAGGAACUAUCGACAUCAUUAAUUAUGUUUUUAAAUCUAUUUCAUGCCCCUUAUAUAGAUCUGGAAGCAAUAAGCUUUCAAAGUUGGGAGAGCGGCCCAAAAUGCUCAGUGAUUGGCUUAAAAAGACCCAUGGAUAAAGGAUUUUUGGUAAGUUUAAUUUUGCCUAACAUGCCACUUUUUAAUUGACCUUCCUCUAAAUAUGCCUGAAUUAUCUUGCACUAAAAAAAUGGGGGAGGGCCGUAACCACCGUUUGGACGAAUCAAUUACAAGGCUGGUAGCAUGAUACGUUAUUCUUACUAAUUAUCGUGAGUAUUAAAUUUCACAAUUUUCGCGAUUGAAAAAAAUUGGCGAAAUUUAUACGCGCAAACAAAAGAUUGCGCGAAAUUGACCGCUCCAGAAAAUACCAUAACAUACCAUGAUGCUCUUUCCUUGUCACCCCAAAUCUUGCAUAAGCAUAGCCUUCAAUUUCUCUUUGGAGUUAAAAUGGUCCCAUCAUCGUGAAGUGGCCUAUUUACAGCUACAUUGAUUAAAUCGGGCGGUAUUGCCAACCUUUAGAAAGCUGCGAUGUUAGUUUUUUCUUUCAAUCCUCUAGACAAUGGUAUUGAUAAUGAUAAUGAUUAUAAUAUUGCAAUAUUGCUUUUAAAGAAACAAAACAUAAACCACUUUUAAGCUAGGACCUGUUUCUUCCUACAUUACAGUGUAGCCAAGAAAUAAAGAUUGACACGAGCAUUCCCGAAGCAGAUCUCCUCAAACCGGAAAAUGAAACCAUUCAUGGAGUUGAGGAUUUAAGGGAUGGCACCGCUUACACACUUUUCAGUUUAGUCGUGAAAUCUGCCGGUAGUGAGCGAUUUUAUGCUUGCGUUAAAGAAGAACAGGACGAGGCUAGCGACAAAUGGUAAUUAUAUAGAAUUGAAUCUUAGCCUUUCGUGGCCUGAUGUGCUGAAUCGUUCAUUUUAUAACGGACAAGCACGCAAGCACAGUCAGUUGAAUAUAAAAAUUAUGGUUGAUUUAGACGUUUUAACAGUUUCCUCUUUUUUUUUUUUCUUAUUAUGUCUUUUUUUUUCUCUGCUUUUAAUAGCAGGGCAUAACAGUCGCGAAUUCGCACUCGCACCUUUCAAUAAGCAGCAAAAAAACUUUAAAAGUCAAAAUUGAUUGUGAUCAUAGAAGGCAAUUAAGUUGCUUGUGACUGUGUUUUGCGCCAGUACUCUUACUAAAUUAUUACAGUUAUUAAUGAAUAGCCUUGAUGUAAACUAUGAAAUUUCUACUUUUCAAGGGUGGUCUAUGACGAGUUAACCGUCAAGCAGUUUGUUAUGACUGAAGACUUACUAGAAUUUCUAUCUGGAGGAGAGGAACAUUAUGAUAUCCUUUACAAAAUUAAGAAGAAGUUUUCACAUUCAUAUUCCUACGAGGACUUUUAGUGGAUUUUAUUAGUUAAGACUGUCCUUAACGCUUGUCACUUACCUGCUUUUAUGCAAAAUCCUGGGAUAUAAUCAAGAAACCGGACAUACCAACAAGGGACACAAGAAAUGAAAUUUUUAAAGAGGUAGUAGAUACUAAAUCAUAAACUGUCUUGUAUAUCAAAUGGGCCUUUUGUAUUAAUUAAUCACGUGAACUUUCGGUAAACAAGAAAAUAGUUCGGUUUUGAAAAAUUUUGUUUGCUCGAGCUGAAAGAACAUAUAAAAAAUUAGGUACUAGUAGCUGAAAAUUUUCUGUCGUAUAUCUAAAAAUUAGCGAUUGCAACGGUUAUCUAAAAACUAGAAGGAUUUAGAUUGGAAAAGAACUUUUGCCACCCAGUCACCGUCGAAUGGUAAAGUUUUUGAAUGUCGUGAAAUGUUUCCUUAAGCAUUAUUGGGCUCAAAUCUCGUUUUAAUUCAUAACAGGAAAUGUAAGCCCUCCAAUGCAUAGGGCAAAAAUUUAACGCGCGACAAUGUAAAAAGUUCUUAAUUUACAAGGAGUUGAGUGUUUUUUAUAUGGAAAACUACAGUAACUCAAGCGUGACUUGCUGGCAAGUGUUGUUUUUCUCAUACAAAUAUUUCUCCUUAGAUGUGAAUCCAUUGGUAUCCGCAUGUUACCCCUUAUGUUUCUCGUAUGCAUCCGUAUGUUACCUGUAUAUACCCGUAUGGAGUUUUAGUCACGAUCGUAAUUCUUCAUAUUUCUAAUCCAAUAUUAAUUGUAUCACAUUUUACAGCGUCGGAACAGAUGACGAUUGCGUAAUCAUCAAAGAUAUAGGUACAUGUCUUUCCUUUUGUAUUGAAAUUACGUCAGUUUUAUGAAGAGUUAUUAUAGACCCGCCAGUCCCCCUAUACUGCGAACAGACAAAGAAUUUAAAAAGAAUGGUUUCAAACAAAGUUAUAACAAGAAUCCUGAUUUGACCAGCCUGCUUAUUAGGGUAUUGUCGCCAUUAAAAUCAUUAUUAUUUGUAGUGUGUAACACACGAUUUUCCGCGUAUAAUUCUUUCCGUCAUUCACAGUGUGGCUGAUUUUUCCCGAUUUUCCUUUUUACUAUAGUGCAUCAUGAAGCCGUCUUACAUAAAAUGGAAAAGGCGAUGAAAGACUUUAUAGGGCUCGAGUCACUGAAGCAGCAAUUUUUGUGUUUCACGAGAACGCAGCUGCAAAACGAUAGAAGAAAACGGCUUGGACAUAAGGUGAAGGACGACACACCCCUCCACCUGGUGUUCGCCGGAAACCCGGGAACUGGCAAGACCACUUUCGCCGGGCGUGUGGCAGGUAUGAAUCUCUUUCCAGCUUCUUUAUAUGACGGAGAGAAGGGGGUUUCACAUGUGAAUAAUGGACAUAGUUUAAAACAGGGAGUCAGUGAAUGAAAUUGGUCGAUCAUUUAUUUAAGUUUGUGAUCAUAUAUAAUAAUCACGAUUUUUAAAAUUCUAGCAUCUCUGUGGUUUAAGGAAAUCAUUGCAAUGUUUUUAAAACUCCAUUGUAUCGCAAUUCCAAGAAGGAAAUUGAGCUCAAAGAAAAUCAAACUAAAUAUAGAAAAAUGAGCAGAAAAUCCGCAGGUUUCAAAUUUAGUGUGCUUUUUUUUCAGAGCUGCUAUUCAGCAUUAAAAAGAUAAGAAAAAACAAGAUCAUAGAGGUACAAAGAUCUGACCUAGUUGGCCAAUACCUCGGGUGGAGUACUGAGAAGACACGUGCCAAGAUCGAUGAGGCCCGGGGUGGGGUUUUGUUCGUGGACCGUGAGGCUUAUCGCCUUAUACCAAGUGCUGGAGGAAAAGAUUUUGGCCGAGAGGCAAUUGAAGAGCUUAUGGCUGUCAUGGAGGAUGGUGAUCCCGUCAUGAUAUUUGCCUGUUAUGAAAAAGAAAUGGACAAGUUUCUCGAUGUUAAUCCAGGGCUGAGAUCAAGAAUUUAUAGAAAAUUCAUCUUCCCGGAUUAUUCCACCGAUGAACUUCAGCAAAUCUUUUACCUAAAGGCAAGUGAAAAAGGAUUCACAAUCAACAAAGUUGAUAUUAAAAGAAUCCUAGAGGAAAAAACGUCCGAUGACCAACGUCGGCACAUGAAUGCCCGAUUGAUGAGAAUCCUGCUUCAGGAGUCAAUCGAAGAAGCCAGCAACAGGCUACCUCUUGAUGCUUCUUUGUUCCAGUUAACCCAAAUAAAAGAGGAGGAUGUUGUGGCUGCCUGUGCACGUUUGCCGACGUAUUCUGGUAAUAAGUGA